AUGUCCGCCGCCGGCGAAGCCUCCACCACGGUCCUCCGCUUCUUCUCCUUCAUCGGCGCCGGAGUGAUCUGCACCAAGGCCAUCAACAUGUAUCUCGACCAUGAGCGCAAGCAGGAGGAGGCGUCGGCCGCGGCAGAAGCAGCAGCGGCUGCAGCCUCUUCCGACUCCGCUGUGUUGGUAGCAGCCGACGCGUCUCCGGCGGGCGCCGUCGCCGCCGCAAAGCCCUGA